AGCCUCCAGCCCCAGAGCCGCUGCCCGGCGGGACCCCGCGCCGGCUGAGGGUGGAGCCUGGCUCUGCGAGCGCUGGUUGGACGCCAGGCGGAGGAGGCGGGGACCGGGCGCUGGUUGGUUGGACGCCGGGCGGAGGAGGCGGGAACACGGGCCGGGGCCGGGCGCUGGUUGGUUGGACGCCGGGCGGAGGAGGCGGGAACACGGGCAGAGGCCGGGCCCUGGUUGGACGUCGGGCGGAGGAGGCGGGAACACGGGCGGGGGCCGGGCGCUGGUUGGUUGGACGCCGGGCGGAGGAGGCGGGCACGGCGCGCGGGCGGCAGCGAUGGCGGGCUCGGCGCUGUCCCGGGUGCCGGACGUGCAGAUCGAUGGCGACGGUGUCUUCAAGUACGUGCUGGUGCGGGUGCGCGAGGCCGGCGCGCCCGCCAAGGACGUCGUGCGAGGCCACGCCUGGGCCGAGUACCACGCCGACCUGUUCGAGCGCACCGCGGAGGAGCUGGCGCCGCACGGCCUGAGCUGCGAGUGCCUGGGCGGCGGCCGCAUGUCGCACCGCCCUGCAGAGAGGAAGAUCCACGUCUACGGGUACUCGGUGGGCUUUGGACGCGCUGACCACGCUGUGACCACAGAGAAGCUGAAGGCAGAGUAUCCCGACUAUGAGAUUACCUGGGCAGAUGAAGGGUACUGACUCCUCUGUCUGUGGUGCCAGCCCAGAACUGGCACAGCUGUGUGCAGCACCGGGGUGGUGGCAGCAGGUUCCCCAUGCUCGGCCGUGCUCCAGGCUCUCCUGAUUUUCCUCUGUGUUGAACUUGCCCGUUCUCCGCUGUCACCGGACUGUCCCCGUGCCAGAUGCUCCCACCUCCCUGGCAUGGCAAAGCUGGUGAAGCCAGUGGUUGCUCUGCCCCAGCCCUCUGGCACCAGGGGCUCAUCCACGUGUAUCUGUGAGAAUUAAAGUCGUUGGAGGAGCACA